AUGAAUAUGACAGAUAAAUCUUGGCAUUUAGUAAAAAAUAUACCAGGAGUAACAGGUUUUUUAGGUAGUAAAACGACUCCAAAAGCACUUACAGAAAGCGAAAUACAGAAUAUUAGAUUAGAAACCGAAGCUAUAGAAGCAAAAGAUGCAAAAUUAUAUGAGGUCGGUGAAAUAGUAACUGUUACAGAAGGACCUUUUGAAACCUUUACAGGUACUGUAGAAGAAGUAGACCAAGAAAAUGCUAGAUUAAAAGUUUCAGUAUCAAUAUUUGGCCAAGCAACUCCGCUAGAGUUAAGUUUUACUCAAGUAAAGAAAAAUGACUAA